AGUCAUUUGCAGAAAUGGCUGAAUUAUUGUUUGUACCUUUUAAAAAAUCCUCCGAUGUUGAUAUUGUGAAACCAUUGAAGAAUCUAAUUCAAUCUACUUACAAUACCGGGGAGAGCAAUGAGGACUACAGCGAAGCGCUUAACGAAUUGAGCCGCCUCAGGACCAACGCUAUUUGGAAAGUGUUUGAGAAAUCUUCUUUGGAUGUUAUUUACAGCUACUAUGACCAACUGGUGCGGUUGGAAAGUAAGAUCCCACCGCAGGAGGUGCAGAUACCAUUUAAGUGGAAGGAUGCCUUUGACAAGGGUUCUAUUUUUGGAGGCCGGAUGAGUCUAACCAUAAGCUCCCUGGCCUACGAGCGGAUGUGUAUACUGUUCAACAUUGCUGCGAUGCAGAGCACCAUCGCCGCUCAGCAGCCUCUUGACACCGAGGACUCCCUCAAACUGGCUGCCAAACAUUUUCAGCAAGCGGCUGGCGUAUUCGCUUAUUUGAAAGCGAAUAUAAUGAUGGCCGUGCACCAGGAGACCACGCCCGAUCUGAACCCGGACACUCUCAAUGCGCUGUCGCAGCUGAUGCUGGCGCAGGCGCAGGAGGUCAUCGUGUACAAGUGUAUCCGUGACGAGAUGAAGAAGAGCAUGGUGGCGAAGGUGUGCGCGCAGUGCGAGGAGCUCUACACGGACGUGCUGCGAGCGCUGCAGAAGGAGCCCAUGCGAUCUCUGUGGGACCGCGACUGGAUCCCCACCAUCACCGCCAAACAGAUGGCUUUCCGCGGACUCACACACUUCUACCAGAGCCUGGUGUGUCGCGCCAACAAAGCCGUCGGCGAGGAGAUCGCUCGUCUACAGUUCGCAGUGGAGCAGCUGAAGGCGGCGUCGUCCCGCGCCGGCCCGGGGGCUGCGCUGCAGGAGCAGGGCUCGCGCGCGGCCCGGCACCUGGCGCAGGCGCGCAAGGACAACGACUUCAUCUACCACGAGCGCGUGCCCGACGUGCGCCAGCUGGAGCCCGUGCAGCGCGCGGCGGUGGCGCGGCCCCUGCCGCCGCCGCAGCCCCCGCAGGCGUGGGCGGAGCCCCCGGCGCGGGACCUGUUCGCGGACCUGGUGCCGCUGGCCGUGCACCAGGCCGUGCAGGCCAGCCGCGCGCGCCGCUCGGAGAUGGUCAACGCGGAGAUCAACAAGCUGCGCGACGCCACGCAGCUGCUCAACAGCAUCCUGGCGUCGCUGAGCCUGCCGGCGUGUAUCGAGCGCGAGUCCAGGUCCGGGGAGCUGCCGGCCUCCAUCCGCGGCAAGGCGGCGGCCGUCAGGGACGCCGGGGGGCUGCCCGCGCUGCAGCGACUCAUGGCCGAGCUGCCGGACCUGCUCACCAGGAACCGGGAGAUACUGGACGAGGCGGAGCGCAUGCUGCGCGAGGAGGAGGAGUCGGACGCGUCGCUGCGGCAGCAGUUCGGGGAGCGCUGGGGGCGCACGCCCUCCGCCAACCUCACGGAGGCCUUCCGCGCCAACGCCGCCAAGUACCGGCAGAUCAUCGACAACGCCAUCCGCGCCGACAACAUCGUGCAGCAGAAGUACCAGCAGCACAAGGAGAACAUGGCGCUGCUGAGCGGCAGCGAGGACGAGAUCGACGCGGGCGUGCCGGCCGCCGCCGCUGAUGCUGCACCCACCGACGCAGCCGCGGUACACAAGCUCAGGGAACUCAUGGAGAACGUGGAGACGAUGAAGGCGGAGCGGGACGCGCUGGAGGCGGAGCUGAAGGACACCACGGUGGACCUCCGGGAGCGGUUCCUGUCCGCGCUGGCGGCCGACGGCGCCCUCGACGAGCCCGCGCUCUCCGCCGCCGCCCUCGGGGCUGCGCUCGCGCCCCUGCAGCGCCAGGUGUCGGAGACGCUGCAGCGCCAGGAGGCGCUGGUGUCGGAGCUGCAGUCCGCGCACGCAGCCCUGAUGGCCGCCAGCGGAGGCGCCAGCGGCCGGGACCGCGCCCUGGGCCUGCUGGCCGCCGCCUACGACGCCUUCCAGGACCUCACCGGGAACCUCAAGGAGGGCGUCAAGUUCUACAACGACCUCACGCAGCUGCUGGUGGCGUUCCAGAACAAGGUGUCUGACUUCUGCUUCGCUCGCAAGACGGAGAAGGACGAGCUGCUGAAGGACCUGACGCAGGAGGCGUCCCGCGCCCCCCCGCGCCCCGCGCCCGCGCCCCCCCAGCCCGCAGCGGACGAGCCCCCUGCGGUGCGUCGGGAGGCCCCGCCGCGCCCCCCGCCCCCCGCCGCCCCCGCCGCCCCCUCGGGGCCCGGCGCCCCCGCCGCCGCCCUGCCCUACCCUCCACAACCUCAAGGCAUGCCGCUGCCGUACGGGAACCCAGCGGCGACUCAGUUCGCGUACUACGCGCCGCCGAUGCCUGCCAUGUACAACCCGUACGCCACGCUCCCCUACCCGCACCACGCGCGCAUGCCGCCCCCCCAGCAGUACCAACCCUACCAGUACCCCGCGCACAACCCGCCCGGGUACCCGCCGCCCGCCGGCUACAACCCCUACCCGCAACAGUAGCCGCCCCGCCAGUACCCCGCACACAACCCGCCCGGGUACCCGCCGCCCGCCGGCUACAACCCCUACCCGCAACAGUAGCCGCCCCGCCAGUACCCCGCACACAACCCGCCCGGGUACCCGCCGCCCGCCGGCUACAACCCCUCCCCGCAACAGUAGCCGCCCCGCCAGUACCCCGCACACAACCCGCCCGGGUACCC